AUGGAGGGAGUCGCGGAGUUCACAGAGUACGUCUGAACGGUGGACGUCCCGUCGCCCUUUGACAAUCUGGAACCGCCCACCUCGGGGUUCUUGAAGCUAUCCAAGCCCUGCUGCUACAUCUUCCCCGGAGGAGGUGACUCUGCCCUGUUCGCCGUGAACGAUUCAGACCAGUUCAACAUCCUGGUGGAUGGCGGGUCUGAAAGCAGGUCCUGUUUCUGGAAGCUGGUCAGGCACUUGGACAGGAUAGAUUCAGUCCUGCUGACCCACAUUGGGGCGGACAACCUCCCAGGCAUCAACGGGCUGCUCCAGAGGAAGAUAGCUGAGCAGGAGGAGGAGCAGUCCCAGGGAUCUGGCGGCUCCAACACAUACGGUGACUGGAUGAAGAACCUGAUUUCACCCGAGCUCGGUGUGGUGUUCUUCAACGUCCCCGAGAAGCUACGAAUGCCUGAGUCCACGCUAAAGGUCAAACGGAGCAUCGAGGAGGCAUCCCUCACACUGCAGUAUCUCAACAAGCUUGGCAUCAAGUCAGAACCCCUUUACAGGGUCGUUAGCAACACCAUUGAGCCCAUCACGCUUUUCCACAAGCUGGGCGUUGGCAAGCUAGACAUGUACAUUCUGAACCCUGUGAAGGAAAGCAAGGAGAUGCAGUUCCUUAUGCAGAAGUGGGCUGGGAACAGUAAGGCCAAGACUGGGAUUGUGAUGUCCAAUGGCAAAGAAGGAGAAAUAUCAGUCCCUUACUUGACCUCAGUAACAGCUCUUAUCGUAUGGAUCCCGCAUAGUCCAACAGAGAAGAUAGUCAGGGUGCUGUUCCCUGGAAAUGCACCGCAGAACAAAAUCUUGGAGGGGCUUGAAAAGCUGAAGCACCUGGACUUCCUGCGCUACCCAGUGGCUACUCAGAAAGACAUAUCCUCUGGGGCCCCGCCUCCAAUCAUAAAACAAACAAAGAUGAGAUCAAGAACAGAAAGCAAGGAGAGCCUGAAAUCUUCCACCAAAACACAGUUGGCCUCAAAAGCCAGCAAGAAGGAAGCUAAAGGGCAGGAAGAGGAGUCCAAGAAUGACUCGGCUAAAGAGAACAAAAUUGAAAAGAAAGAGGAGAAGAAGGUGAAGCGUGAGAGCGCCAAAGCUACCAAAGCCACCAAAGCCACCAAACAACAACAAAACAGUGAGGCAGCACCCGAAGCAGCCAAACUGGAGAGAAAGAAGCUGUCCAAGGAGAAAACCCUGAGGAAACACUCCAAGGAACGACCAUCUAAGAUGGAGGAGAAAAAGGACAAAGAGAAGAAAGAGAUCAGUAAAGUAAAGAAYGAGGACAACAAACGCGAAGUGAAGAAAGACYAUACUGGUAAAAAAGAGGAGAAAAAAGAAACAAAAGCAGUGAAGGAGGAGAAAAAGAAGGAUCUGAGUAAGCCAGAGCUYAGGAAGAUCACCAAACCAGACCUGAAACCCUUUACCCCAGAAGUCAGGAAAACCCUCCAUAAGGCAAACAAGACACAGGCCAAACCCAAGACGGACAAUACUGACAAAAACAUAACAGCAAAACCGGUCAAAGAGAAAACAGCUGAGAAAAAGUCUGUCCCAAAGCCCCCCAAAGCCCCCCACAAAUCCGCUGCUGCUUUGGCAGACGGGUCCAUUGUAUCCUCUCCAGAAGACCUCACCAAGGACUUCGAAGCUUUAAAACGAGACGAGCUCUCGAAGCUAGGGAGUGAACCCAUUCAGAAUGAUGUCAUGUCUGGAUGUCCAGCUUUCACAGACUCCAAACUCCCUGAUGAGGGAAUAACAACUAAAUCCCCAGCCAAWCUUGGAGAGAKGUUUGAGGARGAGGGUGCCGACAUGGAUGAUGYUGAUGARGAUGAUGAGGAGUACAAUAAAGAGAGUGGUGUACUAAAGAAAGYUGCAGAUGURGGGAAAUGGCAGGACAUUAAAAGAAAUGCUGGCAUGGAUAGGAAAUAUGAGGAGGAAAUGGAGCAAUACGACGACUACUCUACUAAGGGAGACAUGAAUUCGAAGAAGAGUGUCAGCUCAGAAGAGGAGGGCGACGUUAUCGAAAAAGCAGAUCUGGAGGGAACUGAGGAUUAUGAGGAUAAAUACAACUCAGAAAAAUCUAAAAAAGAAUGGGACACCAAGUCAACUGACUUUAAAUCGUUUUCAACCGCAGUCGCCUCUGGACAAACCACUACCGCUGCCUCUGAGCAAGUGUCCUUCAUCCAAGAUGAGACUAUUCCCGCUUAUUCCGAAACGGAGCAGACCAUCUCCGAUGAGGACAAGGACAAAGAGGGAAAAGACGACUAUUUCCACAGCGAGAGAGCUGACGGUGGUAAGAAAACAGGAGACACAGUAGGAGUCUCAUCAGGCUUCCACUACACCACCACCUCUGCCACGGCAUACUCGUCCUCCUCUUCCUACAGCUACUCCUCCUCUACGUCCGGUCCGUCACUCUCCACCAGCCGGCAGUUUGGCGAGGAGCUGGAGARCCCAGCCAACGCCUCCGACCACAUCUUCAAACACGAUGCAGACAGUGCCGGCUUCGAGUACUCCUCCUUUAAAGAUGAACCCGGCUCCUUUAAAGAUGAACCCGGCUCCUUUAAAGAUGAACCCGGCUCCUUUAAAGAUGAACACGCCUCAUUUAAAGAUGAACAUGCCUCCUUUAAAGAUGAACACGCCUCAUUUAAAGAUGAACAUGCCUCCUUUAAAGAUGAACARGCCRCCUUUAAAGAUYAACARGCCUCCUUUAAAGAUYAACACUCCUCCUUUAAAGACGAACACUCCCUGGCCAUGGACUCCUCCUUUUCCAGUUCCUGCGGGAUGGUUAAGAARGAGUACCUGGAGGUUUCGGAGAAGCAGAUGAGAACGGKCACCACCACCCCCGCAGAAUCCACCUCCAGUCUGGCCCGCUUCUUUCCUCACAGCCCCUUUGAGGAGAUCAAACCUUUCCACUCGCACUCCUCCGCUUCCUCCUCGGAAGACAAAAAGGAGCAUGUUGCCUCGAUGGAAGGAAGUGUUGUGAACAAAAGCCCCCAGUCGGYCUGCUUCUAUAAACCGGAAUGGGCGGAUGAGUCCAAGCUGCAGGCUGCAGGGGGUUAUGGGCCUUUCUCCCAGUCGCCCAAGGAGAAGGAUGCCAUCGCCACGGGUMUGUUUGGUGUCACCUCGUCCCCACGGCCCGAUUCAACAGGCAAGCAUUACUUUGAAAACUCUGACAGUAGUGAGGAAGAGGAUGACGAGGAAGGUUACAUGCGAGAYAUGGGCCUGUCCUUCUCCGAAAAACACGGCAGCAGCACCACCACCUCAGGUAAAAUAGAUGGCGCUGGUCUCCCUGAUGUGCUCACCUCGUACAUGCCCUCCUCUCUGCUGCCCACCAAGCCAGACACAGUCAAUGGCUGGAGAGUCCGCCCGCUCUCCCUCUCCUCCACUGAUCACACCUUCGGUUCCCCCUUCUACACGGAGGCGUCGUGCCGAGGAGAAGCAGGAGGAAGAGAUGAUGAUGACGACAGCGACCCGGACCUCCCUCCUGAAAUGGGCGCCUCCUCCUACACGUCCUCCUCCAAAGCCUCCCCUGGCUACUCCUCCUCYGAGCACAGGCKCCGCAAAGGAGACCUCUCGCCCUCCUUCAUCAAUCCCAGUAUGCAACAGCAGUCCAGCGAUGAGGAGGARGAGGAGCGGGGACGCAGGAGCGACCAAUCGCAGGAAGGGGACGAACAUGACCUGUCAGUCAAGAAGAGAGCCAACAAACAGCCCCACCACCCCCACUUCCAGGGCGACUCGGUCCCCCACGCCGGGACGGCUGGGCUGGGGUUAGCCAGAGAAGACACCCCCCCAACCUCCGUCAGCGAGUCUYUACCGUCGCAGUCAGAUUCAGACGUUCCCCCAGGGACAAAGGAGUGCCCCUCCAUCACGGGCAACAGCAACAUGGACUCGGAUGAUGACACUGAGUACCUGCCUGUGGAUAAGUUCUCCACCAUGGGAGGGGGCCACCAUCACUCCUCUUCCUCCUCCUCCUCCAGGAUGAGCCCCCGUGACCCCCCUCCCGCCCCCCUCAUGGACCCCUUCCCCAACCCCCCUCACCCCGACGUCUGCAUGGUGGACCCUGAUGCUCUGGCCAAUGACCAGAACCGGGCAACCUCAGAGUCGCCCCUCAAGAAGGACCCCAAGACGAAAGGCGUGCGGAAGACAGGGAAACCCAAGUCGGCAUCUCCGGCUCGCCGUAAGCGGUCCCCCAUGCCAGUGAAGCAGUUGCCGUCCCCUCGCAGUGCCUCGCUGAAGAAGAAGGAGACAGAGAAGAGCUUGAGGAUGUCCCAUCUGUCAGACGGACAGGGCUCCAGAGACGAUGACCUCUCCAGGUCCAGCUACAACGCCGGCAGGGUGGCCAACGGAGUUAAGAGCACCUCAGGCUCUCAGAGGUCCAGUUCCGUGGUUCCCCAAGGCCCUCCUAUCUACGUAGACUUGGCCUACAUCCCCAACCACUGCAGUGCUAAGAACGUGGACCAGGAGUUCUUCAAACGCGUCCGCUCUGCAUACUACGUGGUGAGCGGGAACGAUGUGGGCAAUGACGAGCCCAGCCGAGUGGUCCUGGACGCUCUACUGGAGGGCAAGGCCCAGUGGGGAUCCAACCUACAGGUGACGUUGAUUCCCACCCAUGACACAGAUGUGACUCGGGAGUGGUACCAGCAGACCCAUGAACGGCAGCAGGAGCUAAACAUCAUGGUUCUGGCCUCCAGCAGCACCGUGGUCAUGCAGGAUGAGUCUUUCCCCGCCUGCAAGAUAGAAUUUUAAGCCCCAUCCCCCUCUCUUCCCUUCUGUAAUGGGACAAACACACAGCUCCCCUGGUUCAGUCUGUCUGUUUCAAUAUUUGGAUCUGCCUUUUCUAGGGAUUUAUUUAUUACGGUAAAUCAUAACAAUACAUCUCAAAUUACACCCUAUUUCUUUAUAGCUAACAUAGAACUCUGGUCUAAAGUAGUGCACUGGACUCUAUGUGGAGUAGGGUGUCAUUUAUUUGUCUUAUAGCUAACAUAGAACUCUGCUCUAAAGUAGUGCACUGACUCUAUGUGGAGUAGGGUGUCAUUUUAGACACAGCGAUAUUCAACAACCACACAUUUGAUUAUGGUUAUUGUCAUUGUUUGUAUUAUAAAGGUGCUCUCCAGACUACAACGCUCCUCUACUAUAAUUAUAAGGUUUAUUACAGGAAGCAAGUCGGUUGUGCCUACGGUAGAGAUCCAGGACAAAAUGUCCAGGCAAUGGGACUGUUUCCUUUCAAGUUAAGACAGAUUUUCUUCUAAUAGGCAUAAUUCAAAGCACAAGUAUGCCCUAUUAUAAUGUUACAGAGUCAUCAACAACAACAACUUAAUCAACAACAACUUAAUCUUUGUUUAAAGAAGUUAUAACACCAAACACACAUUGUGUACUUUAGUGUUUAUAUGUUUUGUAGAACUGAAUACACCAUGCAAUGCCAAUGGUACUUUUCUCAUCCACGUGCCACUCAUUGAACUUUGUGCCUAAUAUUGACACAUUGACAUAGAUGAUAUUCUAAGUAGAUGUCUCUAAGAGUCUUUUAGAUGUCGAAUAAUUAUGUUUGUAGUAGAAUAGGGUGAAAAAACUAAUCGAGUCAUACUCAAAGGUGUUGUGUGUGCCAUUCAGUUUUCAUGUAAUUUCUGCAAGGUGAAAUUGGCUUUUAAUGGAUUUCUCAAGCUCCAUAUUCAGUAAAUCGUAACUAUCAGUGUUGUCUGGUUGUAAAGUGAAGUCUUUUGAGAAUGUUCCCAGCCAGAACACAUCCAGAUCUGUCGAACAGGGCUGGUGUAUAUUGUACAAUAUACAACAUGCACAGUAGAUUACCCUUGCAUUUAUUUUCCAAGCUUMCAUCCACAAACAUAUCAUGGACCAGACCAAUGUAUGCUACUGUGUGAAAGGAAAGGAGAAUACUSACAUUGCAACAUUUUGAUGACUGUAUGUCAGGUUGCAAUGUUGCUACAUUCAAUGUACUACUUCCUCGUCAUAGCAUUUAUACGCAUGUAUAACAUAAUGUAAGCAUUACACAUUGGCUUGGAAUAGUGUGGCUUAUUAAAUGACAAAUAGCUUAAGCAGCUUGUUUGUGUUCAUGAACUCAUUGAUAGAAAGGAGGCUGUCAGGUUAAAAGAUGUUACGRAACUUAAAGACAACAACCCUCCGCUAUUUAACUGCAGAGCUACAGACCGACACUGUCUGUGAACUGGAGUAGGUCCACACUUUGGGAAGGUAUCACAGAUCAUAUGAUUAUUCUCACAUUUAGUAUUGACCCUUUAAGAGACAUGGGUGUGAUUUGGGGUUUGUGUAAGGUGAAGAUAGUGUAGACUAGUACUCCAGCUAUGACCAUCAUGGUAUUGUCCCAAAUGGCACCCUAUUCCCUAUGUAGUGCACUACUUUUGACCAGAGCCUUAUGGUAGUGCACUACAUAGGGAAUAGGGUGCCAUUUGGGGCAGUCAUACCUAACCUGGUUAUGACUACAGCAAUAGGACCAUGUGGUUGUGAGCCCAUGUCCCAUCACCUGUACAGGGUACUAGUUAGAUUGAGUGUCUGAAGACUUGUCUGUGAGGUGUUUGUGCCGUGCAUUAAGACCACGUUGAUGAAACGUUGAUGAACAUUGUGGGGCGGUUCCAUAGAUGAUAGAGGUUUGACUGUCACCCACAUGUGCCUUUCUGUCCUGUCGUGUGUUCAAGGAAGACUCAGAUGCUUGCUUGAAAUGGCCCUUGUGGCAAAGCCAUAGAUAUUCAGUGUUGGGUAAAUAUUCAGUGUUCUGUCUCAGAAUUUGAACGGGCGCCAUGUUGGCACUGAAAGCUCCAAGACAAUUACAUUGUAGUUGGAAUGCAUAUCAGAAUGUUCUCAUCAUGGCAUGUUUGGUGCAGACAUGGAGGAUGGUUUGCCAUGGUAAAGUAGUGGCUAGGUGGGCAGGUCAGUGUUGUAGUAUGAUCACUAAACUAAAAGCAAAGGUCCAAAAAUAUGAUUUGCACAUCCUACUAAGCAAACUAACGUGGUACUUUUACCAGUCAGUGAUCKCAGUGUCUGAUAUUCUCCGUCGGCGAUAGUGAACAAGAAGAACAAACUAUCAAACAACUUAACAAGAACCAACUGUGGUCAAACCCUUAUUCUAAGAACMUGUAGGCCUACUCAUAUGAAAAUACUCUAAUUUGGGAUUUCUACCAAUUGUGUUUAUGUUCUUUAACACAAAAGCAGUCAUUUUUAAUCAGAAAAAGAGAGAGCUUUGUUGGAAAUGUUAACUCACAGACAGACAUGUUAUUUCCUAUUGAGUUGUUAUUAUUUUCUUAAUCCUUAUGAUUAAUCCUUUCUUAAUCCUCAUGGAAAGGGAUUGAGGUAUUUUGCUCUAGGGCUGUUUUAGAACCGUUAACUUUGGGACCAGAGGCCAAAGGUUUUUUGCUCUACCCCAAUCACCUUGACUCAAUGCCUUGGAAUGUUUUUUUAAAGACAAAAUGUACAAUUUGCUUUUGAUUUUAUGUGAUCAUAUUCAGUGUUCUAGAAUGUAAUUUUCAGUGUUAUUAAGAUGGGUUUUCAUUUGUGUGCACAGUUUGUAUUGUAUCUUUAAUAUUACUGUAAGUUAGGACUAACUAAGUAGAUUGUUAGAAACUAACUGUUAGAAACGAGACAGAAAUACAUGUUUUAAUUCCAUUUUAUUGCAUCAUGACAUUAGUUUGAGGCUUACAAAGAACAAAUUAUAACAUGCCUUGUUCGAGGGUCUAGACAAAUUGUACCAUUGCGCAAUCUUUGAAGCCAAUCAGAAUAUUCAGCAUGUAUUCCAGUUUUUCUGACACAUAUGGCACACACACAAUAAAUAAUAUCAUAGAGACAAAGAAAAUAGAAUGAAUUGUCAAAUGCUUUCAGUAAACUGCUUGAAUCC